AUGGAUUUGACAAUUUCAAAUGAACUCACUGGCGAAAUAUACGGCCCAAUUGAAGUCAGUGAAGAUAUGGCUUUAUCUGAUCUAAAAGCGUUACUACAGGCAGAUUGUGGUUUUGACGAGGCUAAGCACGACCUGUACUUCAAUAUGGAUAUUUUGGACCCAAACAACAGUCAAUGUUUAAAAGAAUUGGGGCUCAAAACUGACGACUUACUAUUAAUUAGAGGCAAGACAUAUGACUCCAUUCGGACAGAUACUCCCACUUUAUCUGAUGAGGCAUUUAUCGAGCAAUUUAGGCAAGAGUUGCUAAGUAACCAAAUGCUAAGAUCACAAUUAAUUUUACAAAUCCCUGGUCUAAACGAGUUAAUAAAUGAUCAACAGCUGUUUAGGGAACAACUGGGCCAACUUAUUUUACAGAGACGUUAUGGUGGUUAUAACGCCGCGAUGAACCCGUUCGGCAUCCCUCAAGAUGAAUAUAAUAGACUAAUGGCUAAUCCUGAAGAUCCCGAUAAUAAGAAAAGAAUUACUGAGCUCGCAAAUCAACAGGCGAUCGAUGAACAGUUGCGUAAUGCCAUCGAAUAUACGCCUGAAGUGUUCACUCAAGUCCCUAUGCUUUAUAUUAACAUUGAAAUAAAUAACUACCCUGUCAAAGCAUUUGUAGAUACUGGUGCUCAAACAACAAUCAUGUCCACUAGAUUAGCGGAAAAAACUGGUUCAACGAAAUUGAUUGACAAGAGAUUCAUUGGGGAAGCUCGUGGUGUGGGAACGGGUAAAAUUAUAGGUAGAAUUCACCAAACCCAGGUAAAAAUAGAAACGCAGUAUAUUCCAUGUAGUUUUACCGUUCUGGAUACAGAUAUUGAUGUUUUAAUUGGGCUGGACAUGUUAAAAAGGCAUUUGGCUUGUGUGGACUUGAAGGAAAACGUACUUAAAAUAGCCGAAGUGGAGACAAAAUUCUUAAGUGAGGCAGAGAUACCAAAAAGUAUUCAAGAGGAAUUGCCAACCCCUACAUCAAUUACAACUUCUUCUAAUAGGCCAAUUGCGCCCACCAAGACCAGUACAAGUUUAAAACCACAACCUGGUGCUGUUCCAGCUCUUGCUCCAAGGACGGGCACGCUACCAACACCUACGGGAACAAGCACUGGCGGUGUUGCAGGCACAGCAGCGAGACCAUUUCCCGAACAAACAAUCAAACAGCUGAUGGAUUUAGGAUUUCCUAGGGAUGCUGUUGUCACCGCGCUAAAGCAAACUAAUGGAAAUGCAGAAUUUGCAGCAUCGCUCCUUUUCCAGUGA